AUGCUUCCUCUUUUGGGCUUGAUGCUUCUUUAUUUUAAUGCUGUUGAUGAAGCUGUUCCUGUCAAAAUUGCUUCUACCCUAGAUUGUCUUUCUGCCUUCAUGAACACAGCACUUCAUUCCACAUUCUCUCUCUCUCUCUCUCUCUCUCUCUCUCUCUCUCUCGGCUCUGUUUUUGUCUUCACAUUUAUGCAAAGAGUAUCUGUUCAUCUCUCUCUCUCUCUCUCUAACUGUCUAUCUAUCUAUCUAUCUAUCUUAGUUUGUACAUAUUUAUCAAUUAGUCUUAGUCUGUUUAUAUCUAUCUAUCUAUCUAUCUAUCUAUCUAUCUAUCUAUCUAUCUAUCUAUCUAUCUUAGUUUGUUCAUAUUUAUCUAUCAAUCUUAGUCUGUUCAUAUCUAUCUAUCUAUCUAUCUAUCUAUCUAUCUAUCUAUCUAUCUAUCUAUCUAUCUAUCUAUCUAUCUAUCCUACAAACGAAACAUAUUCCCAACCAUUUUGGUAUCCAUAG